AAAAACAUCACAAGACAAAUAACACAGUUUUUAUAUUAUAAAAUACAAUAGGUACAUGUAUUAUAAAUCUUCAGCUAACUAUUAUCAUUUAGAUACUUAAAAGUAAAUUUCUAUAGCAUUUCAUUAAUUCGCUUGUGUUUUCAGUUCUGUCUAGCCGGUUGUAACCGGUUUAAACUAGUAUGGUGAUUCUGCGCAGUAGGUGUAAACAGGAAGAAGCGAUGGAAAAUUUCAGCUAAAUUUAAAAUGAGUCGCGGAAUGUUGGAUAGGAAACAAAAUUACAUAAAUUCAAGCAUUGCGGUGUCAGAAAUACAGUAUUAUCGUCUAUCGACAUCAUAACCCUCGAAUGUGAUAUUUGAAGUUACUGUGUAAUUGCGUCCUGUUUUAUUGCUUUGCUUGCGUCCUACAUUGAGAGACGAAACUCUAGUUUAGCCCGCUAGCAGGAUAUGAUUCUGAAGGAUUUAUAAGCCGAGUUAUCUAAACCAGCCGUAUCAAAUGCUAGGGAUAGCUAAUAUUGUUAUACGAAAAAUACCCCAUGUAUGUCUAAAGUUAGUACUGCCGUUAUUUCUUUUCGGAGCUGAGAAGGUGCCGAUAAUAUCUUGCUAGUUGAUUUGCUACCAGUCGCUAUCUAAGCUAGUUUGCCCGCAGCAAAUUAGCUAGGGCACUACGGUAAUUGUUUUCGUUUAGCAUUUCGAUACAACAUUAUUUAGUAUUACUUUCACGUAUAAUUUAGAAUUCGGUUGCUGACGUAAAGAAAUGGUUCAAAAAGAUAAGUCUGUGGAGGCCUCCCAACCAGACGGGGAGCCGAACGCCAACCCGGGGCCGACUGAAGCGGCCGUAGAGGCACAGGCGGCGGUUGAGGAACCCAGUAUUGGGGUUGAGAUAAGCGGCCGUCGAAAAUUUAUCAGCGGCGUGGUGGAAGGCUUUUAUGGGAGACCAUGGACUAUGGAACAAAGAAAAGAGCUGUUCAGGAGGCAACAAAAAUGGGGGUUGAAUACAUACCUUUAUGCUCCAAAAGAUGACUACAAACACAGGAUGUUUUGGAGAGAAAUGUAUUCUGUUGAAGAAGCAGAGCAACUCAUGACUCUGAUUGGUGCUGCUAAAGAGCAUGGCAUAGAAUUCAUUUAUGCCAUAUCCCCUGGGCUGGACAUCACAUUCUCCAACCAGAAAGAAGUGUCCACACUCAAACGCAAGUUAGAUCAGGUGUCACAUUUUGGUUGCCGGUCAUUUGCCUUACUCUUUGAUGAUAUUGACCAUAACAUGUGCCCUGCGGACAAGGAAGUGUUCAGCUCUUUUGCGCACGCCCAAGUGUCCAUCACCAACGAGAUCUUCCAGUAUUUGGGAGAGCCAGAGACAUUUUUGUUCUGUCCUACAGAGUACUGUGGAACAUUCUGUUACCCAAACGUUUCCCAGUCUCCAUACCUGCGGACAGUUGGGGAGAAGCUGCUCCCGGGAAUUGAAGUUCUUUGGACAGGUCCCAAAGUAGUGUCCAAAGACAUAACUGUGGAGUCUAUAGAAGAGGUGUCUAAGAUACUGAAGAGGGCCCCAGUCAUAUGGGACAACAUACACGCCAACGAUUAUGACCAAAAGAGGCUUUUCCUGGGUCCGUACAAGGGCCGGUCAACCGAACUCAUCCCCCGACUGAAAGGGGUCCUCACCAACCCCAACUGUGAAUUUGAGUCCAACUUUGUGGCUAUCCACACCCUAGCCACAUGGUACAAGUCCAAUAUGAAUGGAGUACGAAAAGACGUUGUCAUGACUGACAGUGAGGACAGCACGGUGUCCAUACAGAUCAAGCUGGAGAACGAGGGCAGCGACGAGGAGCUGGAGACGGACAUGCUGUACAGCCCCCAGAUGGCCCUCAAGCUGGCUCUCACAGAGUGGCUGGGAGAGUUUGGAGUUCCUCAUCAGUACAACAGUCGGCAGGUGCCUCACAGUGGGGCAAAAAGUUUGGCCAUCGACGUCCCCUCCCUGGUCUCUUCCAGCCUGGGCCCUUCUACAACGGUGACCACCGUCUUCCAGCAGCCAAUCAUGAGCCAGGUGGCAGCGGACGUCCUCAGCCAGGAGGAGCCCCACCAUCUGGUUAAGGAGGAGGAGGUGGAGGUAGAGGUGGAGGUGGAGAAAAAGGAGAUGGACGAGGAGCCGAUGGAGACCGCGGCGGAGAAGCAGGACGAAGCCGAAGCCAAAAACGUCAACCACAUCCUGACGGAGAUCGUCAAGGCCAAGAUGACGGAGGACCUGAAGCCCAUGGACACGGACAAGGAGAGCAUCGCCGAGUCCAAGUCCCCGGAGAUGUCCAUCCAGGAGGACUCGGGCAGCGACAUCGCCCCCAUGCAGACGGACGAGCAGCAGGGGAAGGAGGCGUUCGUGCCGGGGCCCAACGAGAAGCCCCUGUACAUGGCCGAGGCCGUGUCCCUGGAGGACCUGACCCUGCUGGCCGAGCUCUUCUACCUGCCCUACGAGCACGGGCCCAAGGCCGUCCAGAUGCUCAAGGAGUUCAACUGGCUCCGGGCCAACAGCAGCAUCGUCAGCGUGAACUCCAAGGCCAAGGAGCCCGAGAAGGUGGCUGAGUGGCAGUCCAGGGCGGAGAAGUUUGAGGAGAUGUGCUGUUCCGUCAUCCAGAUGUUCACCAGGCUGUCCAACUCCGCCAACAGGACCAUACUGUACGACCUGUAUCCCUACAUAUGGGAUAUAAAGAGUAUCAUCUCUAUGGUGAAAUCAUUUGUUCAAUGGUUAGGGUGUCGUAGUCAGUCCUCCGCACAGUUCUUAAGUGGAGACCAAGAGCCUUGGGCCUUUAGGGGCGGUCUAGCGGGAGAGUUCCAGAGAUUGUUGCCAAUUGACGGGGCAAACGAUCUUUUCUACCAGCCGCCCCCUUCAAUGCCAACCUCAAAGAUCUAUUCCAUCCGGCCGUAUUACCCCAAAGACGAGCCUUCCGUGUACAGGAUCUGCAGGGAGAUGUACAGCGAGGGGCUGGAGGACGCUCCGUUCAGCGAGCUCGAGCCCGACCUGAUCGGAGACCGGCUAGUGGGAGGGUUCCUGACCCUCAGCCCAGACUACGGCUUCGUCCUGGAGGAUGAGGAGGGCAUCUGCGGGUAUGCCCUCGGCACUGUUGACGUCAAACCCUUCGUGAAGAAGUGCAAGAUGAGCUGGAUCCCGAGCAUGCAGGAGAAGUACAACAAACCCGACUCUGAGAAAGACUUGUCUGAAGCAGAGAAAAUGAUGUUGAGCUUCCACGAGGAAGAAGAAGGCCUGCCAGAGUCCUUCCUCAGCAAUUUCCCCUCACUGAUCAAGGUCGACAUCCACGCAAAAGUCACAGACCCCAGCGUCGCCAAAAGCAUGAUGGGAUGUCUGCUGUCAUCAUUAAAAGCCAAUGGCUCCCAUGGUGCCUUCUGUGAAGUAAGGCAGAUGGACAAAAGGAUGUUGGACUUUUACAGCAAACUGGGCUGCUUUGAGGUGGCCAAAAUGGAGGGGUUUCCAAAAGAUGUGAUCAUUAUGGGAAGGAGCCUGUGAAGUCUGUGGGGGGGGGGGGGGGGGGGGGGGGGGAGUGGCCUGUGAUCAGCUCUGACAGUAUCGCCACCACCCUGACCACCACCUCCACCACCACCCAAGAGAGACGAUGGCAUCGCCGGCCUUUUAAGUGUACCACCGUCAGGACUGGCCUCGCUAGUCUGGAUGGUCGUGUGCUGAAAUCGCAGCUGUUGAAAUCGAGGCUCUCCAGUACCAUGUUGCUAUGACAUGCCAGGGGCCUGGCCCACCAGGCGUUAAUUCACUCAGUCCUGUGUGGAGGUCCCUCCCCGACAUUUCAUUUGGCCCUCCUGCUGGUGCUCUGCAGCACAAGCAGCCGAAGGCUCAGGUUAUACUCCACAAAGCCUCACUUUUGUACUCACAUUUCAUGUUGUCAGGUGACUUCCUUGUUCGUUUCCAUGCAUAUUUUCUCUUAUACUGAAUGUGUCACACGCAUGUGUGAUUCAUGGCAAAAUGAUUCCAUAAAUACUAGGCGGGUGAUAAUGAUACUGGAUUGCAAAAUGAUCCCUAUGGGCAGAGAGAAAUUUCUCUUCCUGAUGUGUAGCUCUAUCACAGAUAUUACUGCACUAACCAGAUAGUUGACUCUCAUGCUCCUUCCUUUCAUUUUUCUUAACAACCGGAUGCUUUGGUCAGUAACAGGAGAUUCUGGAACUGUAUUUGCCACAGAAUUUGGAUGGAAGUGGUAAGAACACAGGGUCAGCCAAAUGGUUGGUCUAUAGUAAUAUUUGGCAAUGUAGUUGCAUUUUUCAUUACAGCCACCUAGCGGCACUUGGAGAUUUUGAGUUUGAGUUACAAAAUCAGUGUCGUCCCAAAACCUGCAUGCUUUGGGGUUUGUGCCGCGAACGAUUCAUGGAGUAUAAGCUGAGCUGCAGUGAGCAGGUCAGGGGCACGGUGCUGUGCCCCUGGUGGCUGUUCCUGAGAGCGGGCGCGGCCUUGCUGAUCACCGCUGCUUUCAGCUGCUGCCAUUUCAGCUGCUGCCCUUUCAGCUGUGUCUGUCCACAGCCAGGAAGGAGUUUUGGUUGAAGUACCCCUCAUUCGUUCUGUCGGCUGUUUGGCACAGUCCAGCAGCUCUGCUUUUUUCAUUUAAAAAGGAUAAGUGAAGCCAGUUGGGAGUGUCCUACAGGUUUCUCAGGAGGAAGCUUUUUAAACCUUUGCUUGAUGGUCCACAGUAGCAGGGAGUUUGGUGAGGCGUGCGUUCCUCUUGUCGUUCCCUUGACUCGUUCUGACUCUUCUGUUGGCCAGAUUCUUUGAGCUGUUCCAGAGGCCCGCAGCCCUGGUGCUGAGGAGCCGCACGCUCUGCUGAGUCUCGGUUUCACUUCAAAAUCAGCAGCAGAUUCUGACCCUCGAGCCCAGCGAUGGGAGCUGGCUGACCAGCUGCUUUCAUUGAUCAUUUGUAGAUUCCCAGGCCAGACACGAACGAGAAAUGCUCUACUGCUCAUUCCGACACGGUAGUUCUGAUAAACCAUGAUGCACCAUAUAUCACAUAAUAUGUUAAAUAGAAUGAUUUAAUCUUCCCAGCAAAGUGCUUUUAAGAUUUUGCAGUUGUGUGUAAUCUCUGUCACGAUGCCUUUUGAGAGUCUGAACCCUCGGCACUGUGAGUGAGGACGUCCCUUGCGGUCUGAGUGCUGAGGUGCAGUCUGAGGGUGCUUUCCGGUGCCUGGGGUGAUUGGCUCUGCUUUUUCAGUGGAGGAAUGGACGUGAUGCAGAGCUUUUGAGGGGCGUAGGUGCUGCUGUUGAAAAGCUUUUGAUUAAAAUGAUGUCUUAGUGCUUUGCCAUUCCAGUGUGGGGUAAGAGAAAGCGGACUGUAAUUGUGGUGAACAGACCUGUACCAUUAUCAUGAACUACUGAACAGGAAGGGGUGACCUGUGGGUCGAGCAUAGAUAUUUCACAAUAGUACUUUCUUUUCAAUCUAACAUACUGAUGAGACCUGCUUCUUAACACUUGACAUUUCUGCCUUGAUUUGAAGGGUUCCGUUUACAGAAGCUUGUCUCCAUUGCCAAAGUGUGGUGAAGGAGAAGAUUACACUUAAGGCCGUUACAUUUACAAGUUUAAUCGUUAGAGGUAUUAGUAAGCCUUUUUGUAUCAUGUAUUUUAUACUGUUUUUUUAACGUAGAUGUUAACUUCAAAGUCUAGAAAAAGCACUUUGACCAUAGCACAUGGAAGUACAGCUUGUCUGUAUUGUAGAAUUGCCUGACAAUUUAAUGUUGUUAUAUUGCGUUCAUGGGUGUUAUGCAUGAUGCAUAAUAGAUUGAAAUUUCUGACAUUUGUAACAUUAUGCCAUUCGGUAGGUAUCUACGGUGGGCUACAGAGCGGUGUGGGAUUUAACAGGGGAUCCCUGGGAGAAUGCAGUCAGCAUUUGGGCCAAUUCCCUUCAAUCUCGUACUCAGUCUCGGAUCACUGCUGACUACAAAAGGUUUUUAAGCCUUGUGUUUUUUAGGUGUGUUUGUUUCAUAACUGAUGUUCUGUUACCUCAACACGCAUUUUAGUCUUCCUCACGGUUUUUUCCCCCUCAUUGAGCACAAAAAAAAAAAGAUGUACAAAAUGCAUAAAGAUGUACUCCGUUAAGACGCUCGGUUUACUCUCUAUCUGCCUUCCUUUCCUGCUGCUUCUGUCCUUGCCCCAUGGUCCAUGAUUCUUUCAAAAUGUGUGGAUUUGAAAUGCUUGUGCGUCUUCAGACAGACCUGGCACAGCCACGGACAAGUUGAGCCCUUUGCAGUGGAGCUUGUUGCCUUGACUACUGUGGACCGAGGAGUUGAAGUUCUGUUACACCGGUUUGGGUUUGUUUUCACAGGAUUGAGUCAGCACCUGUAAACAUAAUUUAUUGUUAAUUAAUAUUGUUAUUGUUUUGAAGCGGAGGAAUUGAAAGUUCUCAGUUUUAUCACUUUGUUUUCUGUUAGAAAAGCCUGCUUUCUUCUGUACCUGUUCUGCUUUUAAGGCCAUUUCAGGAAGCCUUCGAUUUAAAGUGCGACACAAGCUUCUGAUGUGGAUAGUUCCAUAAGUACAAAAUGGAGGCAUUUCAGUAUACCCGGAUGUUAAAAGGACAUGUAGCUGUAAUUUCUGUAAGAUUUGUAUGUAAUUAAGAUGGUUAAUAAUAAAGUGUGUUUAAUCAAGCA